AGAGAAAGAGAGAGAGAGAGAAUGCAGUAGGCAGCAGAAGCAAACACGAAUCUCUCUCUAUCAGGGCAUGAUAGGAGGAGUAGCAGGAUAGGAUGUCAUGGGCGGCAUCUCAGCUCAGCUCAGGCUCAGCUAGACGCUACUCGCAUCGGAGCAUCACAUUGCCGUGUGCCGUUGCUCGCAUUGCAGCUGCAGCUACUACUACCAUUCCCACACCUUUUCUAGCUCUCUGUUCCACACCUCUCCCUCUUGCAUUGCAGCCAAGACAGCAACCAGCAGCAGCAGCAGCUCAGCUAGCUAGUUUCUGCUUUCUUGAUUUGUUCUUGGAUUUGGGCGAGCUGUACAUCUAGAGAGCGGGUGAUGGGGGAGGCGUCGGAGAGCAUGAAGAAGAUCAGCAGAGGCCGUCUCGGCGGAAGCUGGAUGGGGGAGCCAAGCGAUCACCAUCGCCAUGGCGAUGAACAGGAGGAGGAGGAGAAGACGCUGGAGCUCAGCCUUGGGCUCCCCGGAGGAGGAUGGCGAGCGGCGUGCAGGGACAAGGGGACGACGACGAAGCACUCCAUUGCAGCAGCUGCUGCUGCUGAUGAUGAUGAUGGUGACAAGAGCUCCAUGCUCUCCCUGGGCUACUCCACACUCGUCUCCCACUCGCAAGGCAAGGCAAACAAAAACAAGGGGUCCCCAGAGGAAGAAGAGGCACAUCCACCACCAGCUACAGGGAAUAAUGCACUUGCAUCCAACAAUAAUGGCUGCUUCCAGACAAGAUCUCCUAGUACUCCUGUUGUUGGUUGGCCUCCGGUUCGAACAUUCAGAAGAAAUCUGGCUACAUCCAGCAAAGCAUCUCUUGAACUGCAGAAUGGAAAGAAGGCUGCAAAAGCAGAAGAGAUCAAGAGAGCUCCAUUCAUAAAGAUAAACAUGGAUGGUGUCCCUAUUGGUAGAAAGAUCGAUCUGAAUGCUUUUGAUAGCUAUGAGAAGCUUUCUUUAGCGGUUGACAAGCUAUUCCGAGGCCUUCUUGCAGCCCAAAGAGACCCCCUCACUGCUGGAGCAAAGGACUGCCAGCAGGAAGAUGUGGCAAUAUCUGGCUUGCUAGAUGGAACUGGGGAGUACACUUUGGUUUAUGAGGAUUAUGAAGGCGACAAGGUGCUUGUUGGAGAUGUGCCAUGGGGGAUGUUUGUUUCUUCAGUUAAGAGACUGAGAGUACUGAAGACAUCUGACCUCUCUUCAUCUCUAAUAACCUCUGGACGGAAAAGAACAGCUGCUGAGUGUUGACCUUCUUUUUUGGAGCUGCUUUGACACAUUCAGUGACCUGCUGUGAAGAAGAAUAUGAUCUUCUGAGCUUGUAUCAUCGUCUCUUUCUCUCAAUGUCUUGCUGUGCUGAUCUUUUGGGGUUUUCCUGUUCCUACUUAACCAACUUGCUUCCUUCUGUUUAAGACACUUGUGUGAAGUGAGUGCAAUUUGACAUGACCAUCAUGUAAAUGUUCAGCUAAAUGCUCUACAUUUAUGCAGUUUAUUCUCUGGCAGAUGAUAUUUGGAA